AUGGCGCCAUUCUGGAAGGAUAAGGGCGCCUUAUCCUCCACUGCCUCCGGACGCACUUCCGAGGCGCAUCAUCGCUCGUCUUCGUCUUCGUCCUCGUCCUCGUCCUCGUCCUCCUCCGCAUCCUCGUCUGCAAAGCAGCACCGACAGCAACAAGUCAGACCGACACCACCACAGCAGCACUCAGAAGAUUCUACGUCGGCCUCCGGAUCGAACUCUCGCGUUGCUCAAUUCACAUCAUCCGUCCGCUCGAGCAACCUGAGCGUCAGCUUCAAGGAGAUAGUGUCAUACUCGUCCAGCCGCGCCGUUGGUGUUCUGCAGGGCGGCAGCAGCAGCAACGACGUGCCCGACGUUGCGGGCACGGAACGCAGGUGGUCGGAGCAAAGACAGGCUUCAAUGGCUAGCCGGCUUGCCAACAAUGGGGAUGCCGCCGCGAACAACAGCGCCGACGAGACGACAGGAAUACUGGGCGCGGAUAGGAAUGGCACCGGUCAGCGUACCUACAAUACCAAUGGAGGAACGGGCCUAAUUGGCCGUGAUUCCUCAAGUAUUAGGAGGAGAGCCAACGGGCAGGAUGGCGGCGCUGGAAAUGGGGCCACGGAUGUGCAGGAGGCACAGACGGAGGACUCUUGGUGGCAGAAGUUUUCUGAGAAGUACGGGAGUGUUGAAUUGGAUAAUAAGGGAAGUGUUGCUAGGGAUCAUUUGGCGCUUGAACGCACCUUCCUCGCCUGGCUCCGUACUUCGCUCUCCUUCGCGAGCAUCGGUAUCGCCGUAACACAACUUUUCCGCCUCAACACGUCAAUCUCACCCGGCGACCACGACCUCCAGGACCACGAUCGUCUGCGCCAUGUCGGCAAGCCAUUGGGCGCGACUUUCAUAGCCAUUUCGAUCGUCAUCCUCUUCAUCGGCUUUCACCGCUACUUCGAGUCCCAGCAUUAUGUCAUCCGCGGCAAGUUCCCGGCUAGCAGGGGCUCAAUUAUGGUGGUCAGCGCUAUAGCGGGGGCAUUGAUCGUGAGCAGCCUUGUUGUGGUCUUGGUGGUAGCGCCGAAGGCAUUUGAACGUCGGUAA